AUGUCCUGUUCUCUGGUGCAACUUCCACAUGAGCAUCACGUCGGAGCGUUCCGUGCCCUCGGACAUCUUCCAGAUCCAGGCCACCAGCGUCUACCCAGGAGCCCUCAAUAACUUCCGCAUCCGCUCUGGGGACGAGCACGCGGAGUUCUACAUCAGGCAAAUCAACAACAUCAGUGCCAUGCUGGUUCUGGCACGGCCGGUGACUGGACCCAGAGAGUUCGUGCUGGACUUGGAGAUGGUGUCGCUGAACCCGCUGCUGAGCUACCAGACCAGCUCCUCCCUGCGCCUCUUCAUCUACAUGGGGCCCUACGCAUUCUGAGCCCCCGCAUGGAGAGAGGAGGAG